UUGUAUUUUCGUGGCCAGUAUAUUUCACAUGGCUUUCGUUAAAACAUCGAUAUUGACCUUUUUCUUAUUAGAUUUGUUCGUAUUAAAAGAUGGACAAGCACAGCUAAUAUGCUACAGCUGUAACUCACAUUUGAACGGCAGCUUUUGUCAUAACCCAUUGGAUCGUAGACAAAAUUUGAUUACAAGGUGUCCAACGUGGGAUUACGUUUGUACUACCACGACAUAUGUAACACGAAGAAACUUCGUUACUCAUAGAGCCUGCGAGCAUUCCUUUGAUACAUGCGAUAGAGUAUACAACUCAACUUUAAACAUACACACUUCGACAAUAUCAAAUUUCAGAUGCACCACAUGCCUAAGGGAUCUUUGUAAUUCUGGUAAUCAUCUUAGCCUGUUCAAUCCCAUUAUAUUAGUUUUUAUUAUUAGCAUAUCAUUAUUGUCUAAAGUUAAAUAUAGUAAGUCAUUAAUGUAUUAAGAAAUUGGUAAUAUAAGGAGCAUUGGCUCCAUUCAUUUUAACAA